UAUCGAUACUUAUUCGACGGCUAAUUAGUGUGGCCACUCCGCUCAGUCACUGAACUGCAUUUCUAUUCUCUAUAACUGAUAAGAUAUCCUGCGGAUUUUAUUAGUACAUAUUUUAAGUACUAGGCCACUGAGGGCUUCGCGUUUUACUACACUAUAGCUACGUAUGUAAUACGUCGAGGUGAUUAUGUGUGAGCUAAUGUGGAGAUAAGAGGCCGAUCGUGUUUUUUCGCACAAGUGUGGCGGUGUCGGGGCGAGCGCGCGUCCAUUCGUCCGACAGCCGGCACGCCAGCUCGGCGCACGCUCUCCCGCACAUGCGCGCCACGACCAAAACAUCGCAGUGUACCCACAGUUAUCACUGAAACCAGGAUUAUACACGAGGAACACACACACACGCAAACAUGGACAAGGAUCAAGCGCUAGAAGACAUGAUGGCGAAGCUCGGUGACUUCGGUCGUUACCAGGGCUUCCAGUUCUUCCUGCACAUCUUGUCGGCCCUGACCGCCGGCAUGCACAUGCUGUCGCUGGUCACCGUCGCCGCAGUCCCCGACCAUAGGUGCGCUCUAGACGGCGUGGACUCGGCCAACUAUACGGAGCCGUGGAACUCCUCAGCAGUGCUGGAUGCCAUCCCCCUGGACCCGCACGGCAAGCUGGACUCCUGCCAGGUCCUCUCAGACAAUAACACCCUCCAGUCAUGCUCCUCAUGGGUCUACGACACCCAGUACUACACCUCCUCCCGCGCCGUCGAGUGGGACUUCGUGUGCAGCCGCCGCUGGAUGGGCGCCACCGCGCAGACCGCCUACAUGUUCGGAGUGGUCGCCGGUUCCCUCAUCCUCGGCAGACUCUGCGACAAGUUCGGCAGGAAGACCAUCUACAUCCUCGCCGGCGUCAUGCAAUUAGUUUUCGGCGUUGCCGUCGCCUUCACCACCACCUAUCCCGUCUUCGUCGCUGUAAGAUUCCUGUACGGAGUUUUCGGACAAGGCUCCUACUUGGCCGGGUUUGUCUUGACAAUGGAACUCGUGGGGCCGAGCAAACGAACCAUCUGCGGGGUCACCUUCCAAGUCAUGUUUGCUGUCGCUAUUAUGCUAGUCGCUGCGUGGGGUUAUCUCAUUGAUAACCGAUUUUAUUUGCAACUUUUGUACGGGUUACACUCUGCUAUCUUACUGCCUCAUAUUUUCUUGAUGGAUGAAUCUCCGCGGUGGUUGUGGGCGCAAGGUCGUGCGCGUGAAUCUGUCGCUAUUAUCGAGAAAGCGUUGAGAUGGAACAAAGUUGAAGAAGCAAUUGAUACUCCCGCGCUGGUGUCUCAUUGCAAAGCCACGUGUGCCAAGUACACGGAUGAAUCAUCCGCCGGGACAUGGGAUCUGUUCAAGACUCCCAAUAUGCUGAAGAAAACUCUCAUAAUAUGCGGUUGCUGGUUUGCCAAUUCAGUGGUCUACUACGGCCUUUCUCUGAACUCCGGAAAGCUCAAUGGAAAUCCUUACUUCAUAGUUUUCCUACUAGGAGUCGUUGAGCUUCCGGCUUACAUUGUUAUUCUGUAUUUCUUAGAUCGUGUCGGUCACAGGGCUCUAAUUAGUUCAAUGAUGUUGUUAGGUGGCCUCUCUUGUCUAGUCGUGGCUUCACUGCCGUUGGGUUCCACAUCUGCAACUGGCGUCGUUAUGUUAGGAAAAUUGUUUAUAUCUGGUUCGUACUCCAUCAUCUACAAGUAUUCUGCUGAGCUGUUCCCGACAGUGGUCCGUAGCUCGGGUAUCGGUCUCGGAAACAUGUUCGCUUGUAUAUCGGGGGCGUUGACGCCAUUGAUAAGUUUGCUGGACACGCUGAAUCCUAAGAUUCCUACAGUUUUGUUCGGUUUCCUGGCUCUGGCGUCGGGUGUGUCGACGUUUCUGCUCCCGGAGACGGUGGGCCGGAGUCUGCCGCAGUCCAUCGAGGACGGGGAGCGGUUCGGGGUGGGGGACACCUGCUUCACGAACUGCAGCGGGCGGCGCAUGAGCGAGGAUGAAGAGCCGGCGGACCUGCCCGAGACCAUGGUCCCGCUGGAGCCGCUCGAGAAGUCAUAGUAGAGUUUGGUGCACGUAACUUCACCAAAUUAUCGUGACAUUUUUCAAUUCUAUUUUUUUAUUUCUAAUGUGUUUCUUUUAGCCAACAGCAGAUGCAUAUGAGUGAAUGCAACGUGGCAUCGACAAAAAUUAUAACUAUUUUCGUCUUAGGAGCUGCUGUGUUGACAAUAUGUUUGGUUAAGUUACGUGAAUCGGAUUAUAGGGUUAAGACCAUCGUCAGAAUCUUAGUCAUAAUUUAUAAGGUUAAGAACGAAUUUGUUGUGUAAUGAUAAGACUUCUUCAGAAAUCAAAUUUCUGAUCUCUCGAAUUUAUAAGCAGCUAUAAACUACAUAGUUAUCUCUCUAUUAGUGCAUGUUUUUACACUGUUAAUUUACGAAGGUGAUUGUAAGAUUUAACGACUGAUUACUUGCCAUUUUAUACUUUUGAAUUUUGUUUACAAAUACUUAUAAGUAUUUUAUCAUUCAUAAUUUUCUCGAUUAAAGCCUUAUCUUAAAAUAGAUAAAUAUUGAUCUGAUCUUGCAUUUAGCUAGUUACUGUUAUGAUUGUUAACAAGUUAAUCUAGUCAGACAUGUGAAUUUAUCUGUUAUAUGCCAUAAAUACCUACCUAUAACAUACAGUGAAAAUGUCCUAGUCAUCCGGAGGAUAGACUUGUACACUACUUAUUUUAAAAUAAGUGCAGUUUUUAAUAGGAAUCUAACUACUUAUAAUUAAGAUUGUUUUGUUUGCUUUGUUUAUCUGUCUAUCGCUAAAUCCUAUCUACAUAGUAAGUCUAGUAAGUACUUAUAAGUAGUUAUUCUGUUUUAAAGUGAAUUAGCUUUACAUCAAUGUAGCAAUAGUUAUUAUCAACCAGUAGUGCAACACGUGAAUCUGUGUAGGUACCUACCUCACGUUCCUGACUCUUUUCUCCCAAUAAUAAAUACAAACCAGUGAAAAUUUAUUUAUGCUUGCAUAGCCUACCUAAUUAAAUAGGUACCUACUUAAACUGAUAAUAAUUUAUACCAUACCAAUCAUAUUAAAAAUAAGUUUGAGCAACUUUCCAACAAACAAACUAGACGUACCUACGUAGGUACGUUAUUAUACCUAUAACUACAAAUAGACAGUACUUAAUAAUUAUACUGAGUUAUUUAGUAAUAAGGAUUUUUAAUUUUUUUUUAUAAUGAUGAAUAAAGACUCGUUUGGAGAAAUAUUUCCCUCUAUUUGUUUUGAUAUUUCAGUUUGUAAGAAUUUUUGUUAAGGUUAAGGUUUCACACUCAUGUUUCAGCAGGUCUAUAAGAUGCCUUUUUGAUGAUGAUGAUGAUGAUUUAUAAUAGGUAAAUAUGAUACAUCGGUAAGUACCUACUGGAAGUCACUAUCUAAAUCGACGACAUCUUGAAAUUAUAUGAAGACCUAAAUAAGGGAUUGAACACGUUCUCAAUAGGUACCUAUAUGAAGCUGGCUGAUGGUGGUAAAAUCGUUAUCAUCAUCUGCCAACAACCAUUCACUAAAUAGAGGCAUCUCCUAAGGAGCGAUAAUAUAUAGUAGGUACCUGCCACGCUUUGUCAAGGAGGUGAGUAAAUAACACGAUAGGAACUCUAUAUCCUAGUUUAAAUCUGGAAUCCGGAUUGGUAAUGGUAACGUAUCCACUUCAUUCAAAAAUAACACGGAGCCGGCGCUGGGCUUAUCUGACGUCACGCUCACUUAUUAAAUUGAUUGAUAAAUAAUAAGUAAGUAUUAUGAUUAGGAAUUGGUGGCUGUUGCUAUACGCAGAACCGUCACCUUGAGUAGAAGGUCAAAUUGGUUUUGUAUCGUCAUCGAAAGAAUAAAAUAAAAAUAGGUAUAGGAGUUAAUAUGACUAUCGAUCCCUAGUAAGUACCGUUAAUAGUAUGUGAGUAGGUACACUAUAGGUAUAUGUCAAAAAAAACUAAAUUAGGCAAAAUAUACCUAUAGGUAUCAUGGUAGAUUUCUUGAUGAUGGGGCGCUUUUAAUAUAAAUGCCAAUAAAUGGAUCUCUAAUUCACUAGCUAUAAAUCUUCCUUUUCUUCCUUCCAGAUGCUGGGUAGAGAACGUAGACACCGACAACACAACGGCACCGUGGAACUCUUCACUCAUACUGUCAGCGAUUCCUU